AUGGAUCCCAGCAUCUUGCAAAUCUUCCAGAAUGAACUCAUCUGCCUCGAUUGCAGGAACUACUUCUUAGACCCCAUCACCACAGACAAUGGGCACAGCAUUUGCAGGCCCUGUUUCUACCUCAGCUGGCCAGACAAUACAGUUCUUGCUCACAGUUCUGAAUGUCAGGAAGAAAUACAGAAUUUAUUCCUGAGAAACUUUGGCACAAAUGUCAUCCUCAAGGAAAUGGUUCUCGUUGUCCGACGAGCCCAUCUGAGGCAGUUCCUGUGCUCUAGGGACAAUAGGUGUGGGAUACACAUGGAGGCAAAGCAGAUCUUCUGUGAGGACCAGAGGAGCCUGCUCUGUUUGCACUGCUCUACCUCCCAGGAGCAUGAGGCUCACAGACACUGUUCAGCAGAAGAGGCAGUUGAGCAACUCAGGGAGAAACUCCUCAGGACAAUGUCCUCUUUAUGGGAGAAUUACUGUAAAAGUAACAGAAAGCUGAAUGUAGAAACUGUCACAGUCAGAUCUUGGGAGAUUUAUGUGAAUUCAAAGAGGGAAGGGAUCAGAGCUGAAUAUGAUAAUUUGCCUCCAUCUUACUAUUUGGAACAGCUACAUUACUUAGAGAUGUUGCAAAGGGAAGGCAAGAAGAUUUUUUACCAACUCAAGGAUAGUGAAGCCAGGAUGGCACACAAGACGGAGCUUUUAAGAGGAAUGUAUACAGAGCUGAAGGAAAUGUGCCAUAAACCAGGUGUAGAGCUGCUCCUGAAUUUUGGAGACAUAUUGCACAGGAGUGAGGCAGUGUGUGAGCACAUGCCCCAGCCUGUGAAAGCAGAGCUCACUGCAGUGACCAUCCCAGGGAUGAUUGCAAGGUUCAAAUUGUUCAAAGUUUGCUUUCCUCCAUUGCCCCCUUUCACAACAUGUCGCUGUAUCUCUGCAUUUUGGAUGCUUCACUGUGUUGAUGGAGUGGCCUUAUGUGUGUCCAUUGGCCUAGGAGCUGUAUUGAGAUUAUUAUCCUACGGCAUGCAAGAACUCACGGACAUGUCUUUCUAG